AUGUCUUCCACACAAUCAGACCCGUUGGAGAGGUUUUAUAGGCAGUUUCAGACCUUUGUUCAAAAUAACCCCAAUGUCAUAUCGGCCGCUCGUGCAGCCGCUCAAAUCCCAGAGUCUGCGAAGGCCGUUGUUGUGUUAUCUCCUUAUUCUUUGCAGCAUGUUUUCCCCAGAGAAUGGGUAACAAAGUCGUACAAAAAAACCAUAGUCGAACGACCAGAGAGGCUGUUAGCAAGUUCAAUGGGUAUAUCGGCUGCAAUUACCAUGUAUCCAUCCCUUUUCACUUUGAAAUCUUCUCACUUGCGGAAAGGUUCGUUGAUGGCACCUCAUGUGCUCAAGGUGCACGGCAGUCAUUGGCCAACUGAAUUGAUUGAGCUUUGUCAAAUGGCAGACGCCAAAUUGUUGAAGGGCGAGAUCGAAGUUCCGGAUACGUGGAACUCGGGUGACAUUUAUUUGAGUUCAAAGACCAUCAAAGCUCUGCAGGGUACAAUUGGUGCUAUUGAAACCGGUGUAGACUCGAUUUUCAAAGGUCCUUCUCCGGAACAUAUUAGUAACAGAGCCUUUGUGGCUAUACGACCACCUGGCCAUCAUUGCCAUUAUGCUACUCCAUCUGGGUUUUGCUUAUUGAACAAUGUCCAUGUAGCCAUAGAAUAUGCGUUCGAUACCUAUGAUGUUACACACGUUGUCGUACUGGAUUUCGAUCUGCAUCAUGGUGAUGGCACCCAAGACAUUUGUUGGAAACGUGCUGGUUUUAAACCGGAGGAGGAGUCAGAGAAUUCAUCUUACGACGAUUUUGGUAAAAUGUUUGCUGAGUUUCCCAAAGUUGGUUAUUUUUCCAUGCAUGAUAUAAAUUCAUUUCCAACAGAAUCAGGAUUCGCUACAAAAGAGAACAUCAAAAAUGCUUCCACAUGUAUCAUGAACUCUCAUGACUUAAACAUCUGGAAUGUUCAUCUAUCUAAAUGGACCACUGAAGAAGAAUUCAAUAUACUAUACAGAACAAAAUAUAGAACUCUAUUUGCAAAAGCAGAUGAGUUUUUCAAGACUGCAAAAUUAGAAAUGAAUCAACAGGAGAAAACGUUCAAAGGUUUGGUAGUAAUAAGUGCAGGUUUUGAUGCGUCAGAAUUCGAACAAACUUCCAUGCAAAGGCAUAGCGUUAACGUCCCUACUAGUUUUUAUACGACAUUCACUAAAGAUGCAUUGAAAUUAGCUCAAAUGCACUGCCACGGUAAAGUUUUAUCCUUAAUGGAGGGCGGCUAUUCUGAUAAGGCCAUAUGUUCUGGUGUUUUUGCACAUCUGAUUGGUUUACAAAACCAAGAUUGGGUUAAAGAAUGGGGGUCAGAACAAGUUGUUAAGGAGAUCGUUCGUGGAUGUAAAUCAACCUGGAAACCUUACAAGACAAGGAGAGCUAAAGAUGUUAUAAGGAUAUGGGCCGAAGAAGUUAUCAGGCUAGGACGAGCAAUGAUACCGGAAUUCGAUGACAUGAUCUUUAAAGACAUUGUCAAAACAGCUUCACCUGAUUCUUUACCCACUAACAUUGUAGAGCCAGUAAUGACGUCAACAAUUGCCCAAAGAAUCAUAAGAUCUCAUAGAAGCAGCGCUUCUCCAGAGAAAGAAAUUUAUGAAAGCAAGCUCAAGAAUAUUGAAAAGGAAAAACCAGAAGAAAGAGAAAGUUGUAGUGAGGUCAAAGUUGGUCAACCUUCAUCAAAUAAUAGAGCUGCUGAAACUAAAGUUCCGUUUUUGCAACAAGAAUUUUCUAGUGAAGAUGAAGAUGAAGAAUAUGUUUACAAUGAAGAAUUGAACAAAACGUUCAAUCGUACAGUGGAAGAUAUUACUAUUGAUGACAUUUCUAGACAUUUGGAAACAUUGGAAAUUGAAAAACACGAUGAAGAAGAUACCGACCAAGAAAAAAAGGAUAAAAACUGGAAAAGCUCCCAUCAACGUCGUUUACAAAGCAAUGGAAUGUAUAAAAUUCCCUCUAAUACCAAACCUCAUCGCAUGAGACAAACCCAAAAUACAAAUACACCAACUUACGACGAUAGUGACAUAUCAAUGAUUUCUCAUGUUUCAAGAAAACAUACAACAAGGAGUGGUGGUAGGUGGUAA